AUGCUUUUUGCAUUUUACUAAUUUGAAAUAGUAUACAAUUAAUUUAUCAAAUUUGUAUAAUAUUAUUAGAAUAGCCAAUGUGGGAUUAGUAAGCGAUUGAUAAAUUAUUGCGGUGUUCAAUUUGUUGCUAGUAAUUUAGUCAGCCAGUAACUCUAACAUGUGGGCAUACUUAUUGUUUUGAUUGCAUGUACAAGUCAUUAUGUAUAAUGCCUCGUUGCCCAUUAUGCAGGUUUUUGUAGUAUUUUACAAUUUAGAUCUUAUAUUUAAAGUUCCCCAAAUAGUUUUAAAGUAAGCGUAAUAAUUCAUACAAUAAUAAGAAACUAAUAUCUACCUCCAGAACAAAAUGAAUAAAAAUAAUAAUAAAUUAACUCUGCUAAUCAUAUACUUCUUAAAACAAAGCAAGAUCUAUUUCCUUAUGCAUUUUUGAAACUUCAAAUAAUUAAAAUAACAGAUAGCAAUUUGACUUGCAAUGACUAUUUUGAAUGUUUCUAAAAUGCAGAAGUUUAUUUGUAAAAUGAACUUUAAAAAGCCCAAUUUAAGGCAAGGAUUGAUCGAAUUUCAAUUAUGAAUAAUAAUAUAUUCAUAUACGCAUUUAUUUAGGAAAAAGUGCAACAUUUGUAAACGACACUUGAAGGAUUUACUAUCGACAGCACUGAUCAAUUUGGAAAUAAAGAAAAAAAGGAAAUAUUUCUUCCUGUUUGUUAAGGCAAGGAAGAAAUUGAGGAUACUUUCACAUUUGAAGAUGAUUUGAUUGAGAUGAAUGAAAUCAGACAUAGAAUUAAAAUUACAAUUGAAAAAAUCUUUACUAAAAAUUAUAAUUUGGAUUCAAUUGAAUAAGAAGUUUACUAAAAGUUACACUAAUGUUGUUUGUUUGAAUACUUGUAAGAAUCUGAUCCAAAAUAUUUAAUGAAAUUAUCUUAUUGCUUGCCAACAAUGCUUUCGAUUUCAAAUCAACAAAAACAUUAAAUUAUAUCUUAGACUGUUUUAAAAAGAUUAAAACUGGCAGAAUAAAAACUCAAUAAAUUAGCCCUCUUUAGACAUGGUGGGAUGAUAUUUGAAGUUCCAAAUGAUCAUCCUAAGCCUCCAUUUACGUAAUUAAUAGUAGUCAUCAUUUUUAUAAUUCUUUAUUUUAUAUUUAUCAAUUGA